AUGUUCGGCGGCAGCGGGGGUGGUGGUUCAUACAGUGGUGACUGUGCAGAAGGGUAUGGCCUUGGGUACGUUGGCAACGGUCGCCUACAGCAGUACGCGGCGCACUUUGCCCCACCUCAGAGCUGGCACCAUCAUACACCGCAUCAUGAUACCUAUGGUCGAUGGGCUUCGUCCCGGUCAGUUUGUGCUGUGACCUUUAACCACAGGGUCGUGUUCUUGCCACUUGAGAGUGCAAAUCGUAAAAUCGCGAGAUCUUAUCACUUACGUUGUCUAAUCGUGACCAUGGAAAUUAAUUUGGCUGAGAGCUUUUUGCAGAAUUUGGUACAUCUCGCAGGUGGCGGUAGCGUGAGCGGAGUGAGUAGCGUCGGCAGCGGACUUUAUGGGCAGAAUAUGGUCAUGGGAGGUUGGUGCGCGCCCUACGACGCCUUACAACGCCCGCCCACUUAUGAUGGUGUCCUAGAAGCAUACGAAGAGGGGCGGGAAUGUGUCAACUGCGGCGCGAACAAUACCCCGCUGUGGCGACGCGAUGCAACCGGCCACUACCUAUGCAACGCCUGCGGUCUCUACCACAAGAUCAACGGCGUGAACCGGCCGCUGGUGAAGCCCAGCAAGCGGCUGUCCGCGGCCCGUCGUCAUGGACAAUGCUGCACCAACUGCGGGUCCCGAAACACGACGCUCUGGCGCAGAAACAACGAUGGCGAACCAGUGUGCAACGCGUGCGGUCUCUACUAUAAACUGCACGGAAUCAACAGGCCGUUGGCUAUGAGAAAAGAUGGCAUUCAGACGAGAAAACGAAAACCGAAAAAAUCGUCGAAUGGCGCGAAACCAUCUCAGGACACUCCCAAAAAGGACGGUCAAGGAUCACCAGGAAUGGACGCAGCAGACAGCAAAUCUAGUAUAUCGGAAGUGCCUCUUCCAUUGACAGCCUCGAUGUCCCACGGGAGCAAACCGCGUCCAGAAACCUCCGGCCCGAGUAGCUCUUCGCCUCACACUCACACACAUGCCCACGCCCAUUCCCACUCCCACGCCCAGCCACCGCAGUACCCUCUGGCGAGCACGGCUUUCCUUUCAAGUCCGUCGCUGUUCAACAUCAAGAGUGAACCUAAUGCACCACCAGGGUACGAUGGUUACGCCUCGCACACAAGCAACGGGCCAUACCACUCGCAGCAGCAUUAUUUACAUGCCCUACAGUAUGGCCUAAGUAACGGUGAAGAAGAGGAAGGCAGCGGUUUCCUUCACCAGCGUAACGUCACAGCACACGCAAAACUUAUGGCCUCCACGUAG